AUGUUAACCAACUUGAGUAAGAAAAGAUUUUAUUUUUCCCUGCCUUGUUCUCGUGAUUUAAAAAAUAUUGUGAAGUUGCCCUUAUUAGAAAGAGAAGAUAAAUAUAAGAUAAUAAAUAUAUGGAAAGAAAAAUAUAAAGAUAAUAAAUAUGUUAUAUCAGAUUAUAUGGAUAUAAAUAAAUAUGAAGUAAUAAAAAAUAAUUGUAAAAGUAAUUCUCAUUUUAUUAUACCCCUUAAAAAUAAUAAUGGAUAUAUAACUUAUUACACACAAUUUAUUGAUUCUAAAUUAAUUUUUGUUACAUCAUUAGAAUAUUAUAAUAAACAUAAAAGUAAUUCAACUCCAUUUAUUACAUUACAUUUUUUUGAUGAAUUUAAAAAUAAAGAAAUCAUUCUAUCGAAAAUACACAUAAUUAAUCCAGCCAUAUCUAAAUAUCAAGCUAUUAAAAUUUAUAAUAAUAUUCUUUCUUUUUAUUAUGACACAAAUUAUUUCCAGUAUGUAAAAAAAUUUAAUAAUGACAGUAGAAAUUUUAAUUAUGAUAAAUUUUUAGAGAAAUUUAAAGAAAUUUUUUAA